GCUUACCAAGCACUCCUGGUGUGAACUGAAAAGCGGAAAGCUCCCACUAACCACACCGACAAGGAGCCAGAGGUUCCGGAAUUUGCGGCCUUUGCUUCCUAUCAUCUGCUCCGCUCUCUCAAGAAAGGGAGGGAGAGAGGCGGAAGCACUAAGCGGGUCAUCUAUGCCAGCUUUGGCGAACGAGAUCGAGCUUUGAUUGUCGUGGUUGGCGGCAUGGGGGACAAGCAGCACGAGGAGGGGUGGUUCAUUUACAGCUUCGUGGCUCGGGGGACAUUGGUUCUAGCUGAGUAUACAGAGUAUACCGGAAACUUCCCGGCGAUAGCUGCACAAUGCCUACAAAGACUCCCAGCCUCCAACAAUCGCUACACUUACGCCUGCGACCACCACACCUUCAAUUUCCUCCUUCACGAUGGCUAUGUAUAUUGUGUCGUUGCAAAAGAAACUGUUCCAAAACAUGUCUCAAUGGCCCUUUUGGAACGAGUGAAGGCAGACUUCAAAAAGCGAUAUGGUGGCGGUAAAGCUGAUACAGCAAUUGCAAAAAGUCUGAAUAAAGAAUUUGGAUCAGUGAUAAAGGAGCACAUGUUGUAUACCAUUGAGCAUGCUGAUGAAAUAGAAAAGAUUCUAAAAGUGAAGGCUCAAAUUUCUGAAAUCAAAAGCAUUAUGUUUGACAAUAUAGAAAAGGCUAUUGAUCGCGGUGAAAAACUCAACGAACUAGCCGACAAGACGACCGAUUUGCAUUCGCAGGCUCAAGAUUUCAGAAAACAGGGGACAAAAAUACGGAAGAAGAUGUGGCUUCAUAACAUGAAGAUUAAGUUGGUGAUCCUUGGAAUUCUUCUGCUGCUUGUACUCAUUAUCUGGGUUUCCAUUUGUCAAGGAUUCAAUUGCACAAAGCAGGAGGAUGAAAAUGCAAAUAUAGAACCAUAGUCCCUGCCAGAAGACAGGUAUACAAAUUUAAAUGCAUGUGUAUAUCAGAGAACAAAGACAAUAACUACUGCUUCUAGUACUGUUUUAUUUAUUUUUAGAUGCAAACUUUUAGCCACAGAGAUACAAAUUUUAGCUUUGGAUUUGAUAUACUGAUUAGUGACCUUUUUAUUACUAGCUGAUUGAUGAAGCAUU